GUUUAAGGCUUCGGUUUGCUAUGUACCAGUUUAGUUUGCGUAUGACCAAACCCCCUUAAGCUCACUAACGAUCCUGUUGGGGGCUAAGGGUUGGGGACCUGGGGUCAAUCGAUUAAGUUUAUUUAAAUAAUGGUUACGAUCAUAGUUAUAAGGUUUUAACCUUCCGGUUAACCAGUGAUUAUUUUAGCUAAUUAGGAUUUUAAUAAGAAUUUUGAUGGGGAGGCACGAACAAGAAAUGAAUAUCUUAGAAUUGAAGUAAGGUUCAGUAAGGGUAUUAUCGUAAAUCAACCAAACAAUGUCUGGUCCAUAAAUUGCGGUGCCCAAACCAUUCCUUCAAGCACAUUCCAAAUCAUUUUCUUACCACUCAAAGAGUGCGCACUCAUUAUCAUCGUUUGAAACUAAACAUGGCGACGGAGAAAAGCAAGAUUCUGGUGAUCGGAGGAACUGGUUACAUCGGGAAAUUCCUAGUAGAAGCGAGCGCCAAAGCUGGCCACUCCACAUUCGCUCUCGUUAGAGAAGCAACUCUAUCCGAUCCUGUCAAGGGCAAAACCGUCCAGAGUUUCAAAGAUCUCGGCGUCACAAUACUACACGGAGAUUUGAAUGAUCACGAGAGCUUAGUGAAGGCUAUUAAACAGGUUGAUGUGGUGAUAUCUACCGUUGGGAGCAUGCAAAUCUUGGAUCAAACCAAGAUCAUUUCCGCCAUCAAAGAAGCCGGUAAUGUCAAGAGAUUCUUGCCGUCUGAGUUUGGGGUGGAUGUGGAUAGGACGAGUGCGGUUGAGCCAGCUAAAUCGGCUUUUGCAGGGAAGAUACAGAUCAGGAGAACCAUCGAAGCGGAAGGAAUACCAUACACUUACGCUGUUACCGGUUGCUUUGGUGGUUACUACUUGCCAACAUUGGUUCAGUUCGAGCCUGGUCUCACUUCUCCUCCUAGAGACAAAGUCACCAUUCUUGGCGAUGGAAAUGCCAAAGCUGUGAUCAACAAAGAGGAAGAUAUUGCUGCUUACACGAUCAAGGCGGUGGAUGAUCCUAGGACUCUGAACAAAAUCCUAUACAUUAAGCCUUCUAACAACACUUUAUCGAUGAACGAAAUAGUCACCUUGUGGGAGAAAAAGAUUGGCAAGUCUCUUGAGAAGACUCACCUCCCAGAGGAACAACUACUUAAAAGCAUCCAAGAGUCUCCGAUUCCCAUCAAUGUUGUUCUGUCGAUAAACCACGCGGUGUUUGUGAAUGGAGAUACCAAUAUCAGUAUAGAGCCUUCCUUUGGUGUGGAAGCCUCUGAGCUUUACCCUGAUGUCAAGUACACAAGUGUUGACGAGUAUCUCAGUUAUUUCGCUUGAUGAACUUCAUUAUAAACGUAAUUUACCACCAUGACGCGCUAGUUUCAUGUUCUGUAUCAAUAAAAGAAUGGUUCUUGUAAUGGUGAAUGUGUGUGUGUAUGUGUGACUAAUCAGUAAUCACAGUGCUUUACCUCUGUUUCCGAGCUUCCCAAGAAAUAUGAAUUAGUAAUAUAUAAUUCAUACCUAUAGUCUAUACAUGAUUAUCAAUAUGUUAGGUACCUAAGGUUUUUAUUCAAAUCAAUUUUAAUAAUACCUAAAUCAAAUAUUUUUGUAUCCAAAUCAGAAAAAAUAUAUAUCAAACCUUGAGUUUGGUAAUAGAAUUUGAAUUUGG